CUCAUUGAGAGGAGACAGGAUUGGAAGACGGGCCGUAUAAAGUCGGCUAAGGAGGAGUGAGACAAAGCAGUCGGCUCGGAAUUGGACUUGGGAGACGGGCUGCGCAGCAGGGAUCAUCUUGCGAGGGGAGCGCGGGGCGCCAGGCUCCUACUUAGCUGGGUGUUUCGGUGGCUUUAUUUCUUUUGGGCAAACUCACUAUUUUUUGCUGCGAGAGAAAAUAAGGCAACAUCAAUGAAGGAGAGAAGAGCGAGCCAGAAAUUAUCCAGCAAAUCUAUCAUGGAUCCUAACCAGAACGUGAAGUGUAAAAUUGUGGUGGUUGGUGAUAGCCAGUGUGGGAAAACAGCGCUUCUGCAUGUCUUUGCUAAGGACUGCUUCCCAGAGAAUUAUGUCCCUACAGUAUUUGAAAAUUACACGGCCAGUUUUGAAAUUGACACACAAAGAAUAGAGCUGAGUCUGUGGGACACCUCGGGGUCUCCUUAUUAUGACAAUGUCCGCCCGCUUUCCUAUCCAGAUUCCGAUGCUGUCUUGAUUUGUUUUGACAUCAGCCGGCCAGAAACCCUUGACAGCGUGCUAAAAAAGUGGAAAGGUGAAAUUCAGGAAUUUUGUCCUAACACCAAAAUGCUUCUGGUGGGUUGCAAGUCUGAUCUGCGCACAGAUGUGAGCACAUUAGUGGAGCUUUCCAAUCACAGGCAGACACCAGUAUCAUAUGAUCAGGGUACAAAUAUGGCCAAACAGAUUGGAGCAGCCACUUACAUUGAAUGCUCAGCCUUACAGUCAGAGAACAGUGUAAGAGACAUUUUUCAUGUUGCCACAUUGGCAUGUGUAAACAAAACAAACAAAAAUGUUAAGCGGAACAAAUCACAGAGGGCAACAAAGCGAAUUUCACACAUGUCUGGCAGGCCAGAACUAUCUGCAGUUGCUACAGAUUUGCGAAAGGACAAAGCAAAGAGCUGCACAGUGAUGUGAAGGAUCUAGGUUUCCUUAGGAAGAGACAAUGUGUUCAGGAAAGGUGAAGACUCGAAGUACACAGCCAAAGUGGUAUAUAAUGUGUGGGCUUAAGUCAAUACUUUAAAGGAUACUCUUCACCUUUUGUGUGAGAUUGUAUUUAGGGAUUCAGCAUGUAGACUAAGCAGUGGGAAGAGAUGGAUCUGAAUGAGAUGACUGUCAAAAAUGUUACAUGGAAGAAAUGCCAAAAAAGGAAAAGAUUUGAAUGUGCUAGAGAAGAGGAGGAAAAGUAGCACGUCAGAGAAAGAAGAUGUCCUUGACAGUGGUUGUUUGUUUUCUUAAAGAUCUGUUCCUGGAUACUUACUUUGAUUUAAUUAAAAUAAUAUUUUAAUGUUCCUUUUUAAAAAUAAAUUAAAGAUGUUAAUAACACAUCCUCCUCAUUGGGGAACUAGCCCCAUGACCUUACAGUUAGUUUUUGCCACAGGAUAUGAUCUAAUUUCCUUGUAGCUCAUCAUUAAAAUGGAAAUUAUAUCAAGACCCAUGGGUCAUCCGGAGGAAAACUUGUAUAUGAAAAGCUUGGAAGUCAUGCCUUCCUGCGAUGGCUGCGCAAGCUAAAUUGAAACAUGUUAAUGACGAGAACCUGUUGAGACUUCCCAUUAUUAUAAGUGCCCUAGCACAA